AUGCAGGCCAUUUCGAAAAACAAAGAAGCCACGAAGCUUUAUGAAGGGACUUCCCUCGGUUCAUAUGUUGCGACCACCCGAACUACAGCUAUAUUUUGCUUUCUGUAUGCCGGCUGGAACUUUUACACGACCACGUCCGAUCCUCUUCUGAGUGUAAGCCACUUCACGACCUAUGCUCUGGGUGGUAUAUGCAUUUUGAUGGGUGCUAUGGGCGCUGUAUUCGUUCGCCGUGGAACCAGUUUAAUAACUGGCAUAACUGCUUCUCCUACCCAUGGGAGUAUACCGGAAAUUCGAAUAAAGAUACGGCGGACAAUUGGGUUUCUGAAACCCCGCGAGAUAGUCACUAGCCCAUCACAAGUGAAGCUAUCUAGCCCCAUAUUUGUCUCGAAGCAACAGCUACAAACCCACGAUAUGAGGCGAAUACGUGAAGCUUUCCAUGAACGCGCCAUUGGGCCGCGGUUAUCGUUUUUCAAAGAGCCUUUGAAGAAAAUAAGUUACUUUACCUGGAAAACUCUUAUAAACAUGCGACGCGCGUUCACGCAAGAAGGAUUCGUUUACGUUGAAGUCAAGGGCAUGUCUGGGACCUUUUGCCUGGACAUGACGGGCUAUUUUGGAGAUGAAUUUCUCGCUUUUGAAAGUUUGGUUUUCUAUUUUACUGUCCUUGCUUCCGUUUCAACUUGUGUUGGAACACUACUAAGCUUCUUAUGCCGGAAAUACUUCUCAACCACUCCCUGCUUUCUCGGAUUUAUUGGUGUUGGGGACCUCACCUACCGCAACUGGCAAGUCAAUGAACAAUGUCGCCCCAAGUAA